AUUUAUGCCAUCAUCUUUGUUCGACAAUGGCUGCUUGCGUUUAUCCUACAAACAGCUUCUUGAAUGCACCCAUGGUUUUGCUUCCGCCAACUUGAUUGGAACUGGAAGUUUUGGCUCUGUAUAUAAAGGAGUUCUUUAUCAACAUGAAAAGCCUCUUGCUGUCAAGGUACUUAACCUUCGAAACCAUGGGGCCGCAAGAAGUUUCAUUGCAGAAUGCGAGGCUUUAAGGAAAAUUCGACAUCGGAAUCUUCUCAAAAUUAUAACUUCUUGCUCAAGCAUUGAUUAUCAAGGCAAUGAAUUCAAGGCUUUAGUUUUUGAAUUCAUGCCUAAUGGGAGUUUAGAAAGCUGGUUACAUGAGCAACAUGAUCAGUCAAGGUAUUUGAACUUUGCUCAAAGGUUAGACAUUGCUAUUGACAUGGCCAAUGCUAUAGAUUAUCUUCAUCAUGGUUGUGAGACGAUGGUUGUUCAUUGCGAUCUGAAGCCUUCCAACGUCCUUCUUGACGAUGAUAUGGUUGCACACGUCGCCGAUUUUGGAAUGGCAAAGCUCUUGUCUACCGUCACAAGCAAUAUUGGAAGCGAUCAAACAAGUUCCUCAGUGAUCAAGGGAACAAUUGGCUACGUUGCCCCAGAAUAUGGCAUGAGUGGAUCAGUCUCUCCAGAAGGUGAUAUCUACAGCUACGGCAUUAUGCUUUUAGAAAUGAUAACCGGAAGGAGACCGACAUGUGAUUUGUUUCAUGAUGGCUUAAGCCUUCAUAAUUUCUGCAAAAUGGCACUACAAGAAGGCUUGAAGGAGAUUUUGAUGUUCGUUUAG